GGCCCCGGGGCGGCGCUUCCAUGACGGAGCGACGGUCAGCAUUGGGGUCGCAGCCGGCAGGGACUCGUAGCGGAUCGGUUGUGUCGCGUUGGAACCCGGCCUGAGCUUUUUCUUCCUCCUCCACCUCCGCCAUGGCGCUCAGCGAUGCCGACGUCCAGAAGCAGAUCAAGCACAUGAUGGCUUUCAUUGAACAGGAAGCCAAUGAAAAGGCAGAAGAAAUAGAUGCAAAGGCUGAAGAAGAAUUCAACAUUGAGAAAGGUCGCCUUGUUCAGACACAGAGGCUGAAGAUCAUGGAGUACUAUGAAAAGAAAGAGAAGCAAAUUGAACAGCAGAAGAAAAUUCAGAUGUCCAACCUGAUGAAUCAGGCGCGGCUGAAGGUUCUCAAAGCAAGAGAUGAUUUGAUUGCUGAUUUGCUGAACGAUGCCAAGCAGAGACUGUCUAAAGUUGUGAAAGAUACUGCCAGGUACCAGACGCUGUUGGAUGGGCUGGUUCUACAGGGAUUUUAUCAGUUACUUGAGCCUAGAAUGAUUGUCCGUUGCCGGAAGCAGGACUUUCCCUUAGUCAAGAAUGCAGUCCAGAAGAGCAUCCCGAUCUACAAAGCUGCUACCAAAAAAGACAUUGAUGUUCAUAUUGACCAGGACAUGUUUCUUUCAGAGGACAUAGCUGGAGGUGUUGAAAUCUAUAAUAGCGACAAUAAAAUAAAAGUUUCCAAUACUCUGGAAAGUCGGCUGGACCUAAUCGCCCAGCAGAUGAUGCCAGAGAUCCGAACGGCACUCUUUGGUGCCAACACCAACCGGAAAUUCCUGGACUAAAUGAAGCAGAAUGGAAACCUUUCCACUGCCAUAAUGAAGGGAGAUGCCAAAGCAUCUCUUAACACCCCCUUAAAAUGUACUCAGCGCUAUUAUACUGUGUUGUCCUGUGUAAGCUCUUCCGUUAAAUUAUUAUUUUUUGCACACCAGUUGUACUUAGCUUGACCGGGAAAGGGGCUGGAAGGCCUCUCUCCCCAGAGCAGUGGUAUGUGAUACAAGGGAUGCACCAUUUGGCUGGCUUCGUACAAGUGGGGGAUCGGUGGCCAGACACUGUUUAAGCCACUCCUUUCAAGAUGCGUCAUUAACCCACACUGCUUGCCUACAGUUGCGUAAUUACUUGGUUCAAACAGAGCAUAUAUUUCUCUUGGUUUGCUGCAACAUAUGGUGACAUGGUCAAUACCAACCUUUUGUUCUGUAUAUGUGGCUUUCAAAUAUAUAUAUAUAUAUAUUGUAGGCUAGCUCUAUAAUUUCUUUGUUAAAAUAAAAUAAAUGUAUGUUGGUUUUUUGUUCUA